UUAAAAGCCAGCAGCUGGAAACCCUGUAGAUGCUGGGUCCCUAAAGCUUGAGGCUUGGCAUGGCUACCUCCUAUGCUGUGACUGAAACUGAGGGUGAAGUCAGGGAGAAAAAGGAGGAAGAGGAGAAAGAACAAGAGAAGGCAGAAGUGGGGGAUUGCACAGGAGAGAAGGCUCCAAAGUCUCCUGGGACCAGGACUCCGUUAUCUCGGAGGGGAAAGGAGAAGGGUGAAGGCCCCGUGGAGGUCAAGCUAGAGCUUCACCCCCUGCAAAACAGAUGGGCUCUGUGGUUCUUUAAGAAUGACCGAAACCGGGCCUGGCAGGACAACUUGCAUCUGGUCACCAAGUUUGACACUGUGGAGGACUUCUGGGCGAUGUACAGUCACAUCCAACUGGCUAGUAAACUCUCUCCUGGCUGUGACUACGCCCUGUUCAAGGACAGCAUCGAGCCCAUGUGGGAAGACAGCAGGAAUAAGCGGGGUGGCCGCUGGCUGGUCAGUCUUGCCAAACAGCAGCGCCACAGUGAGUUGGACCGUCUGUGGCUGGAGACAUUGCUAUGUCUGAUCGGGGAGAGCUUUGAGGAGCACAGCAAAGAAGUGUGUGGUGCUGUCAUCAACAUCCGAACCAAGGGGGACAAGAUCGCUGUGUGGACAAGGGAGGCAGAGGACCAGGCCAGCGUGCUGCACAUUGGGCGUAUAUACAAAGAGCGCCUGGGCCUCUCCAUGAAGACUGUCAUUGGGUAUCAGGCCCACAUCGACACAGCCACCAAGAGCAACUCUUUAGCCAAGAAUAAGUUUGUGGUGUGAGAGGCCCUUGGCACUACUUAGUCAGUGGGGCAGCCACCCCUGACUUUCUUAGUGCCGUGGGGUGUAUGGGGAAAGGAGGGGCUGAACUGUUGUUUCUGGGCAGGACUGGAAGACCGAUAACCUGGUUUUACCUGUUCUGAAGUAGGUAUGAACACCUUUUUUUUGUUCGAGGUUUGUUUGUUCCUAAACACUUGGGCUGAAGCGAUAGUCCUGUAUCAGCCUGCUAAGUAGCUUGGACCAUAGGGACUUGCCACUUUGGCUUCAAACGAACAGUCCUUACAGGAGUUGGGACCCGGCCUAGAGGCAGGGUAGUGGCGGUGGCAGCAGUCUGAGAUCCUAGCCUUGCUUGAGGCCACAGGGCCAUAGAAGGUUGGAGAAAACUCCUGGGUUUGCUUGUCAUACCCUGGGGUCUGAGGGUGGAGAAAGAAGAGCUUUUUGUCCUCUCCUCUGUGGAUAGGACCUUCCAGCUGGAGCCAGUGCUGCCUGUGCCUCUCCUGCUUUAGGGCUAGACUGAAGAAGUGGGUAGACCAGCCCCAGACCCCAGGACAGGAGCUAGGUGGUGGCUAAGGUCUCACCCUGGUUUUGUUAGUGGUGGAUUCACUUGAAAAU